AUGUCUUUGACUGAUGACCAAGUGAAUACUGAGCUUCGUAAGAUGAAGGCCUUCAUCGAGAAGGAAGCGCAAGAAAAGGCCAAAGAAAUCAGAUUGAAGGCGGACGAGGAAUACGAAAUCGAAAAAGCAUCUAUAGUCAGAUCGGAAACGGCUGCUAUUGAUUCAACCUACGAGCAAAAAUUGAAAAAGGCAUCGUUAGCUCAACAAAUCACCAAAUCGACCAUUGGUAACAAAACGAGAUUGAGAAUCUUGUCCAAAAAGGAAGAAGUGUUGAACAAUAUAUUCGAAGCUGCCGAAAAGGAAUUGAGCAAGACCACGUCCAACAAAUCUGCGUAUAAACCAGUUUUGACCAGUUUGAUCGAAGAAGGUACAUUAGCUUUAUUAGAAGGAAAGGUUACUAUUAGAGUCAGAGAAGCAGAUGUUGCGUUGGCAAAAGAGGCAGCCCCAGAUGCGGCUAAGGAAUAUGAAGCCAAGUCUAAAAGCCCUGUUGAAAUCACUGUUGACGAGGAGAACUUUUUAAGCAAGGAUUCUCUCGGUGGUGUCAUUGUCGUCAAUGAAAGUGGAAAGAUUGAAGUUAAUAACACUUUGGAAGAAAGAUUGAAGAUAUUGUCUGAAGAAGCAUUACCAGGUAUUAGAUUAGAAUUGUUUGGUAUCUCUGAAACCAGAAAGUUUUUUGAUUAA